AGCGGGCAUCCGGGCACAUUGUCGGGUUUGCCCCCGGCCAAACCUGAAGUGGCCUCAACUCCGGUUUCGCUGAAGCCCCCGCCCACGGUGACGGUCACGCCCCCCUCCCCCCACCCUGUGCGGCCGGUGGAACCUCGCGUCUUCGGGGCCCCACCCCCUGAGCGAGCCCAGCUGGUCGAGAAAGCCAAGUCGGCCCAACCCGCCAAAAAGGGCGAGAAAGUGGAGAAGAACGACAAGGCGGAGCCAGCCGAGAAAAUGGACCCGGCUGGGAAACUAGAGCGGAACGAGAAGGUUGACCCGCCUACCAAGCCCAUGUCAGCCGUAGCUCCCAGUCCGGUCAAGGUGACGCCACCCCCUGUCGCGGCGCCUGUGGUGAAAGCGGCACCUCCCCCUCUGCCCAAAUCCACCGCCGAAUCCACAGCUAAAAUAUCGCCCGUCAAGCCUGCGUCAGCCCCCGCCAAGCCCUUACCUGUAAAGCCUGUCAAGUCGGAAAAGACUCCCGCCACCACCAAGGCUCCCCUCAACCCGGAAAAGGUGACUACUGCCGUUGAAAAACCCGCGGCACCCGUCGUGAAAGUCCCAACCCCGGGCCGGAAAUCCGCCUCGGCCAAAGGCCACUCGCCCGCCAAGGCCAAAGACACGGCCUUAGCCCACAAUGCUCCCACAUCACCAGUCAAAGCCUCUCCGGGUUCCCCUGUGCGAUCACCAGGCUCGCCACCCAAGCCGCCAGCGGCCAUCAAGCAACCCAGAAAGCGCAAAGUGGAAGGCUCGCCACCCAAAAGCACGCCCACGCCCGUGCGGGAAUCCAAGCGGGCCCGUGUCCCAGUCACCCAAUUCCAGAGCCCCAAUCCCGAAUUGCAACAGAUUAUGAAGAGUAUCAAGAAACAAGAUACUCCGCGAAAGAAACCCGAACCUGAGGAGAAGACCCCCGUGUUCUUCAAGGGUGAACAUUUGGCGGUCCGCAACGCAGAGGAGAGUUUUUUCAUCUGCCAAACCAUGCAAAAUAUUUAUAAAACCUCAAAUAAGAUCAUCAUUCAAUGGUUAGGUUUGGUAGACUCGAGCAAUCCAGACAAGAAUAUCUACUCUACCGAGUACUACGACAAAACAGAAUUCGAGACCAUCUUGACGAGUGUGGAGAUGGACAAGUUGGAGAAGAGACGUUUUCGUCUGCCCAAAGAGGAAUCAGAUAGGAUCCUCCGUCUCUUAAAACGCUCCGUGGACAAAGAAACCGGCAAACUUCAAAGUGCUUCCGAGCUCUCCGAAGACAAUCCAGAUGGCCUGGACAUUUCAAUGUACAAAGACGAGGAUCAGCUCAAAGAAAUCGAGCGCAAAAAGCGAUUGGAAGAGCGUAAGAAGAAGAAGCCCUCCGGUAGAAAGAAGCGAAGCAAAAAGCCAGCCAAAAAGGCUUCCAAAUAUACCUCUGAAGAUGACGAUGAUGACGAGGAGGAAGAAGAGACCGAAGAAGAAGAAGAGGAGGAGGAGGAAUAUGAAGCACCUCCUCCCAAGAAGAUGCCUGCUCGACGUAGUUCAGGUGGAAGGACUCCAAUACGUCCUGCUGGCAAGACCAAGUCAGCCAUUAAGAAAACCCCCGUGUCCUCAAAACAACCUUCAGCUAAGGUAAAAACGCCCACAGCGCCUCCAGCACCCGCAGCUGCCACCCCCACAGCCACUCCCACUUCCUCAUCCCGAAAGCCAGCUGAGAGUGCGAACCCGCCUAAAGGGGAACAACCCCCCGUCGAGUCGUCCCCCGUACCCAAAGCGAAUAAGCGCAAAUCAGAGCCCGUCAAGAUGAAAACGGCGCCCGCGGCCAAAAAGGCCAAAGCUGAGGCCAAGCCAACUCUCAAGCCUGUGCCCAAGCCCUCGACUGUGGUCGAAUCGGAAGCCACGCCCACACGACGGGGUAGAUCUCGCAAAUGAAAGACCCCAAUCACACAACCUGACCUUCGCUGACCCUUGCAUUUUUCCUAAUGCCCCUCCGAAGCUCUUCUCUUCCCUCGUUGUCUCCUCUCAAUCCUUGUAAAUAUGAUGAUGAAGCGUACAAAACGCUGUCGGAGGGUCUGGAGGAUGGACAUUAUGUACGGCCACGUUUCUCACUGAAGUCCGUUUUUGAGUGGUGCCAUUUUUCCGAAUGUCAUGCCACGUUCACGAAACUCACUCAAUCGAUGAUUGUUACUUUCGUUUGAGCACUAAUCGAACCCGAAAAUACGCGCGCUCUGGAAUGAAGUCUCGUCCCAAAGAAGAGGAGUAUUUCAGAAAAUUGAGAACAACACUAAGAAAUAGUAACAAGAGGAACUACCCGCCCACCAGGCCCACUCGUAAACGUUGAGAGCAGAACAAGACGCCCCAACCACAUGACCUGGCCUGGAUCAUUCGUUCACGAUGAUUAUUAUUAAUAUUAUUAUUUGGGAGGCAACUUCAAAUGAUGCCCAAUAUUAUUCCCAUCAUUAAUAUGACCAUUAAAAUUCCUAUUUCGCUUC